AUGACGGUAAGUUCCUACUGGCGAUACAUUCUACGCUGCUGCUACUGGGUUCUCAUGUUAUUCUUAGAUGUUUUUUGUCAGGGAAUGGCAGAUGAGUAUGGUAUUACUCUUGCUGAGCUUUAUAAGCUCAAUCCUGCUCUUAAUGGCGACUGUAGUGGGCUGUGGGCCGGUUAUGCCUACUGCAUUGGAACUCCAGGCUUGAGCACAUCUGUCCCUGCCACCACGACUAAUACCGCCCCAACCGCAACUUCGAGUGGAAAUUGCGCGAAUGUCACUCUACCGGGCCCCACACAAUCGGGUAUUCCCUGCACUUGCAACAAGUAUCUGAUGCAUGAUAAAGACGGUCAGCUCCCUCAUUGCCUUCUUCCUAACUAA